UGUAGAGGCGUCUGCAUCGACAGUCCGUGUCAAAACACCACCAAUUGCACCUCAUCUCAUAUAAGGAAGGGCCGCCCUGUACUGUAGUUGUCACCAUGGCAGAAGCUCACCAGGCGGUGGCCUUUCAGUUCACUGUUGGUCCAGAUGGAAUUGACCUACAUCUGUGCCACGAGGCUCUACGCCAAGUCUACCUCUCUGGUCUGCACUCCUGGAAGAAAAGGUUCAUUCGCUUCAAGAAUGGGGUGAUGACUGGUGUGUACCCUGGCAGCCCUUCAGGCUUCAUAGUAGUGGUUACAUCUUACAUGUCCUACAAUAAAUACAAACAGUUGGAUCCCUCCCUGGGGUUGAUAGCAAAGCUGGGCCAACAUGUACCGAUCAGCCGCUAUAUGUCCACAGACACGCAGAAGAUUGUUGGCGGUGUUCUUGUUGGCACGGGUCUGUGGGUAACGAUAAUCAUUAUUAUGAGGAAUGUCCUUAAGUGCCUGCUGUCCUGGCAUGGAUGGAUGCAUGCCCGCCAUGGCUCAUUGCCCUUGUCUACCCGUCUGUGGAUGCUAUUGGUCAAAGUGUUUUCUGGCAGGAAACCAAUGCUUUACAGUUUCCAGAGCUCUCUGCCACGGCUACCUGUUCCUUCUGUCAAGGACACCUGCAGUAGGUACCUUGACUCUGUGCAACCACUGAUGGAUGCCGAGAAGUACGAACGAAUGAAGGCCCUGACUAAAGACUUUGAGGAGAACCUGGGACCCAGACUACAGUGGUACCUCAAACUGAAAUCAUGGUGGAGCUCCAACUAUGUUAGUGACUGGUGGGAAGAGUAUGUUUACCUCAGAGGCCGUGGGCCCAUCAUGGUUAACAGCAACUAUUACGCCAUGGAUUAUCUGUAUGUGUUCCCCACCUCCAUCCAGGCAGCGAGGGCAGGUAAUGCCAUCCAUGCCAUCAUGCUGUACAGGAGGAAACUGGACAGAGCCCAAAUCAAGCCUCUCAUGCUCCUUCACACUAUUCCCAUGUGCUCAGCCCAGUAUGAGCGUAUGUUCAACACCAGUCGUGUCCCAGGUGUAGACACAGACACCAUUCAGCAUGUGAAUGACAGCAAACACAUAGCUGUGUACCACAAGGGACGUUUCUUUAAGGUGUGGAUGUUUUACGACGGACGGCUCCUGUUGCCCCGAGAGAUAGAGCAGCAGAUGGAGAGAAUCCUGGCAGACAAAUCACACCCUCAGCCAGGAGAGGAGAGUCUGGCUGCACUGACUGCAGGCGACAGGACUCCGUGGGCUAAGGCCCGGGAAGCCUUCUUCAGCCGUGGUAAGAACAAGCAGUCUCUGGAUAUCAUUGAAAAGGCAGCCUUUUUUGUAACCCUCGAUGACACCGAGCAACGCUUAGAGCCAGACAAUCCUGUGACAUCUCUGGACAAAUAUGCUAAAUCUCUCCUUCACGGAAAAUGCUACGACAGGUGGUUUGAUAAAUCCAUGAACCUGAUAGUGUUCAAGAACGGCACCAUGGGUCUGAAUGCAGAGCACUCAUGGGCUGACGCUCCAAUCGUUGGUCAUCUGUGGGAGCACGUCCUCUACAUGGACCCAAAUCAACUGGGAUACGAUGAGGCAGGUCACUGCCGCGGUGAGCCCCACCCCAACCUGCCAGGUCCUCAGAGGCUGCAGUGGGACAUCGUUCCUGAGUGCCAAGAAACCAUCCAGAGCUCCCUGACAGUGGCCAGGGCUCUGGCAGAUAACGUGGACUGUCACAUUAUCCCCUUUACUGACUUUGGGAAGGGCCUGAUUAAGAAGUGCCGCAUCAGUCCUGAUGCCUUCAUCCAGAUGGCUCUGCAGCUGGCUCAUUUCAGGGACAAAGGGAAGUUCUGCCUGACAUAUGAAGCUUCUAUGACCCGUCUGUUCCGCGAGGGCAGAACAGAAACUGUGCGCUCCUGUACCAUAGAAACCUGUGCCUUUGUUUGCGCCAUGGUUGGAGAUGAGACAAGAGAACAGCGUCUUAAGUUGUUAAAGCAGGCUGCUGAGAAGCACCAGAACAUGUACCGCCUGGCUAUGACAGGAAAGGGCAUCGAUCGCCACCUGUUCUGUCUCUAUGUGGUUUCAAAAUAUUUGGGAGAGGACUCACCUUUCCUCAAAGAGGUAUUGUCUGAGCCGUGGAGGCUGUCCACCAGUCAAACUCCUGUGCAGCAGGUGGAGCUCUUCGACCUGGUCAAACACCCUGAAUACGUUUCCUCAGGGGGAGGAUUUGGUCCCGUGGCUGACGAUGGUUAUGGUGUCUCCUACAUCAUCGUCGGUGAAAACCUCAUCAACUUCCACAUCUCCAGCAAACGCUCCAGCCCAGAAACUGACUCACACCGUUUUGGCAUCAACAUCAAAAAGGCCAUGCUGGAUAUGUUGGCUCUCUUUCAGCUUGAAAACAAUGCCAAUUGAAUGUCCUUGUCACGGAUGGACAAAAACGUAGGAUGCCAGUUAAACAAAAAAACAACAACAAAAAAA